AUGUUAUGGUGUUUGGCCGUCUCCCUGCUCUUGGGACGGGCCGUGGCUCGUCCCCAGGCUACAACUACGGCAUCGCCUUGCCGCAAAGACGAGAUUUACACCUCUCUCAUGCGAGAGGACGAUGGGGAGUUUUGCCAGAGCGUGAUGAAUGAUCAUUGCGUGACGGUCAGCACGCCCGAAGCGUACACCAGUCUUGGGGAUGAUGAGAUAUCCUCUUAUGUGAGUAUCGGCAAGGCCCAUCUGCAGAAUCUCGGCGCCAGCUUCGACGGUGUCCAGCCAAGUUUCGGAGACCGGUUCGGGGACUACGGGAUCUGCUUCCUCUUCAGGAGGAGGCGGUGA